AUGUCUACCGAUAAGAUCACUUUUCUCACCAACUGGCACGCGACGCCAUACCACGCUCCCCUGUAUCUGGCCCAGGCCAAGGGUUACUUCAAGGAUGAGGACCUGAAGGUUGCUCUCCUGGAGCCCAACGACCCGUCCGAUGUCACCGAGAUCAUCGGUAGCGGCAAGGUCGACAUGGGCUUCAAGGCCAUGAUCCACACCCUGGCUGCCAAGGCCCGCGGCUUCCCCGUUACCUCGAUCGGUUCCCUCCUCGACGAGCCCUUCACUGGUGUUGUCUACCUCAAGAGCAGUGGCAUCACCACCGACUUCAAGUCUCUCAAGGGCAAGAGAAUCGGAUACGUUGGCGAGUUCGGCAAGAUUCAAAUCGAUGAGCUCACCAAAUACUACGGCAUGACCCCUGACGACUACACUGCCGUCCGCUGCGGUAUGAACGUCACCAAGGCCAUCAUCCGCGGCGACAUUGACGCCGGUAUUGGUCUCGAGAACGUCCAGAUGGUCGAGCUCGAGGAGUGGCUGGCCUCCCAGGGCCGUCCCCGCGACGACGUCCAGAUGCUGCGCAUCGACCAGCUCGCUGAGCUGGGCUGCUGCUGCUUCUGCUCCAUCCUGUACAUUGCCAACGACGCUUUCAUCGCUGGCAACAAGGACAAGAUCGAGAAGUUCAUGCGUGCCGUCAAGCGUGCCACUGACUAUGUCAUCGCGGAGCCCGCCAAGGCCUAUGAAGAGUACAUUGACAUCAAGCCGAUCAUGGGCACUCCCGUCAACCGCAAGAUCUUCGAGCGCUCCUACGCCUACUUCAGCCGUGACCUGAAGAACGUCCAGCGUGACUGGACCAAGGUCACCAACUACGGCAAGCGUCUCGAAAUCUUGGACGCUGACUUCAAGCCCAACUACACCAACAGCUUCCUCAGCUGGACCCUGGACGGUGACUCUGCCGACCCGACUGGCGACCAGAAGCGCAUGGCCGAGCUCCAGAAGAAGGUCGCUGCUGAGGGUGGCUUCAAGAGACUUGAGAUCACCAGCAAGGAGGUCACCACUUCCGCUUAG